GCAGCGAGGCAAAGGUGUUAUGUUAUUCAUAAUAAUACAGGAUCACAACAAGGAUCGAAUUUUAUGUAGAAUCUUGUUUACUUUUUUGUGUCUGUAUACAUAUUUAAUUGGGAUUUAUGGGUAGAUUUCCCCCCAUUUCUUUCAUAUUUUUCCAUUCCUGUACUUCCAUUUGUAACUACAGGCCUGUUUCUUCUUGCACCGCUAUUCACCUACCCCCACCCCCAAGAUCAUACAAGAAGUAAUUAUUUCUUUCCCCAUCUGAUCAAUCAGGUGGACCUUUGCUUUCCAAAUUCUACAAACAAAAUUCCAGUUGCGGCCUGAUUUCUACUGGACAGAUAGUCAGUAUCAUCAUGCAAACUUCCCUAAAGGUUCCUAAAUGUGAGAGGGAUUUUGUCCAAUCGGAAUGCCUGACUCCAGAGGAGGCAGAAUUUGUAGAUGCCCUUGGCAACACAGAUCCCAAUGCCAACUGGGGGGCAGAGCCAAACUUCGACCUCAACCUCAGUCUGACUUCACCAAGCAACCCCCGCCCACCUACAGAGACCUCAAAGCUGCAUGGAGGGAACAAAAAGGGCAAUGGGAAUAAAGGAGGUGGAAAACCUGGAGCCAAAGGUGCAGUUACUGACGAAACUCGGAAGUCGGCAAGUACCCUGAUAACCACUUCACCAGGGGAGAGAGAUGAUCCAUCGCAGCAAAAAAGCAAAAUUCCAGCUUUGUGUCACUCACAAACUGCCGUGGCAUCAAUGAAUAGCAAGGGCGAUCAAAGGCUUAAAUUCCCAAACCCCAAAUCUACCCCAACAUUCAGCCCCAAGACACCAAGUCCAAAACCACACCGGGUCGAUCAAACAACGAUUGCAUGUAGCCCCAGAAUGACUGAAAGAUUCAAAACACAAAUGCUUGGUGCGGAAUCUGCAAGCAUCACAAACCCCAGACCACAUACAGCACUGACAACUGAAAUGACAACAAAGACUACAAGCAAAAUAAUGCAAACAAAUCAGAGAGAAGACGGUGGAAAAGAAAUUAGCCCAGAGAUGCAGUCACCAAGAAUGCUACACCUUCCUGUAAGCCCAAAAGUCCAGAAAGGAUGUUCGUGUGCUAUUAGUCCAAAACUGGCCAAACGAACCCCGACAAUUACAGCCAAAACCCCAAAACCACACACAGACAGCAUGACCACCAAGUCAGGUGAACAAGCUAGCCAUGACUCAAGAACUCACAAUUCACAAAACCAGCGGGCCGAAUCAGCACAGCUUAGUGCCAAGACUCUUCAAACGAGCUCUGUAAGUCCUAAACCAUCUACGCAGAGAAAAGCCACCGGGACCAAAAGCAGUAACACACCUAGGUCCAAGGAGAAUCUUGACAGUAAAGACUCAAGUGCUGGGUCUUGCUGCAAAACUAGUUCCAAAUCCAUUUCAUAUUCUAAAGCCAUGACGGUGACCAAGGACAGCCUGGAUUCCAAAGCUAGUCUCAGUAUUAAAACCACGACUGGAUCGAGAGAUAGUUUGGAUUCUAAAAGUGGUUCUGCUUCCAAAACCAGCUGGGGAUCAAAAAACAGUUUGGACUCCAAAACCUGGUCAAAUUCCAAAGCCAGUCCUAACUCAAGGAUGGGUUCCGGAGAAAGCCUUGAUUCUAAAACUGCCGAAAUCAAAGCAAGUUCUAAAUCAAUAAUUGGGUCAAAGGAUGAUCCAAAUCGUAAAAGUCUUUCUCUUCCAGACCCUACAGCCAGUUUCAAUCGUAAUUCAAGUUCUAAACCUGGUCCAACCCGAUCAUCUUCAAAAACUACUCUGAUGGCCUCUGGCUCAAAGAUGGACCUUGUUGGACCUAUUUCUCCAUCAUCCUCUAGAACUGUUGUGUCUGGGUCCAAAGAUGACAACCUCAGAGCUGCAAGCUCCAGUACUAAGCCCAGUCCAGAUCCUCGAGCUGGAUCGAGCAGGGAGGUCCAGAGGAGUCCUGGUUCUGUUCCAAGUAACUGUCUUUGUAAUCAAGAGAUGCAUGUUCAAAACUGAGAUAGGGGA